UUUAGUGAGAUCAAUAAGCAGUACCGUGACCACUCGAGCCGUGCCCGCGCCGGGAAAGUCGUCCCGAGUCUGGUGUUCCCCGUCCCCCUCUGAUAACCCCGCCACUACCUUGCUACCCUCUUGAUAUCGCCGCGACUUCCGACUCGAGGUAUCGCUCUAAGGGGCUUGAUUUCGCACCGGACUUUCGCCGAGUCGUUCGUACGCGGAAGCGACCGAGCCUCUCCGAGUCAUCGCCGGGGAUUCUUGGACUGUCUCAGUGAGCGGAAGUGCAGUGCCAGCGGAGAAACGACGGUGCUCUCCUCUCGCCGUUUUCGCCACGGCCGAGAGUGCUGCUCUCUUUCUCGCUCUCCUCUCUCUCUCUCUCUCUCUCUCUCUCUCUCUCUCUCUCUCGUUCCACCUGCUUAUCUUCAUAUAUCAGUCGCUAUCUCGUCCGCCAUCGGUGCUCCUCGAUAUCGCCUGCUCACGCAGCACUCCUCGUCCACAUCUUGGGUCGAAACGUUGCCAGCCGGAGUCCGGUAGGAAGUCUUGACGUUUCCUUAUCGCUCUAGUGCCUGCCACUCUCGUUUCUUACCUCGCUGCCUGCCGCCCGCUUCUUCGCCCGCCACCCUCCGUCUCUUCUGCCGCCGUUCGCUUUGCAAUGUUCCUCUCUCUCUCUCUCUCUCUCUCUCUCUCUCUCUAUCUUUCUCUCUCACUCUUUGUCCGAGACAUACUGCUUUGACUUGGAAUGCUUCCUCGGCUGGUGUGUAACCACGGCCUCGACUUCGUCCACCUUCGUGAUCCAGCACUCGGGCUGAUUUCUCCGUCCGGCAUGGUGUUGUUAUCAGCCCCAUGAAACUCGCGGUAUUGAUCUCCCGCGAGUGACUCGCUCUUCGCGAUAACCUGACCGCCGCCUCCCGGUGCCCCGGAGACCCCGUGAACGUCGUACACGACGAAACCGCCGUGCUGACGCGGGCCAGGCCGAAAUCGGCGCGACAUGGCAGGUCGACACCGCUUCUCUCGGCUCCGAGUUGCAUGAACUUGAAGAAGCGAGCUGUCAGCACGAGGAUAUCGAGUGCUCUGUGACACGUGUCAAUGACAGCCGCUAGAGAGUCGCGAUAUAUCUCGUUAUACAUGUCUCGUUGACGGAAAAUUCGCAACAUUUCUCUGUGAGCGACCUCCUCGUCGCUCUUCUUCGCCUGAACACGCAAUGCUCCGCUCUUUGCCUUUCUGUACUCUCGCUCUCGACGGCGCUCGGCUGAACAUAGGCCCGUGUCGAUUAUCCGGAGCCGACGACUACCGGACGCCCGACGGCGGCGGUAUCGGCAGUCGAAGGGUUAACGAACCGAGCCGCGCAGAGCAACCGCGAAGUGACGGUCGCGAUAAGAUGUAUUCACCUGAGAGAGCCUCAACCGCGUGCGGCGGAAUAAAAUCGAUAAUUCGGCAUUAAUAUAGAAGUCCGGCAUCAAACGCCGAGCGAUAACCGUGAAUGAGGGGCGCGGGGGUGUGAGGGUGGGAGUGGAAACCGGAAGCAGUCUCGGUCGCCGAAAAAUGUCACGCUUCUCCUCCCUCGCGGAUGAUCACACGCGUGUGUAUGUGUGUGCCUGUGCGUGAUGUGUGGUCGAGUGAUACGCUCUUAAGGGGAUGCCAAAGUGAAUGACGAACUCCAAAUAUGUCCAAUCGAUAACGUAGAGACGAUCAUCAUUAACACACGCCGUCAUAAAUGCCUGAGCAUUUACUAAAUCGAGAGUUGUACGAUCUUCAGCCUUACACACGACAUCUGCCAAGAAGCUAUUCUCCUUUGCUCGAAGGCAAAUAAGUGAAUUUUGGCACCAAUCAAUAAAGGAUUUCAAUAAGUGCUGAAAGUGUGAAGAUUACAUCUGUGAACUCAUCAGAGUUCGAGAAAAUUGGGAUUUCUUCAUGUCAUGUCCAAUGUCUUUGCUUGGUCACUUUGAAGACUUUCACGGGGCUAUUUAAAAGUGCCAAAAUGAUAAUUAAAUUUUAUUGCAAUUUAUUGCAAAAUUAUGGCAAUUCACAUGCAAUUCGUCUAGAAAGCAGUGACUGAAGCACAAGCAUUGAUCGCAGUGCGCACAUCGGAAUUCGGAAAUCGGAGUACAACCUACGAAGUGACUAGGAAGAUAUUUAAAAUCAAAACAGUACUCUACCGAUGUGACAAAUGGCCCGGGUUAAAAUUUUAAUUAUUAUUUACUUCUAGAAAAUGGCCCCGUAAAGGCCUUCAAAGUGAAGACACUGACAAAGACAUAAUAUGGGGCAAUCAAAAUCUCAUUUUUUGGAACUCUGGUGGGAACGCAGACGUAAUUUUUCCUCUCAGUACUUAUUGAAACAUUAUUGAUCAAUUGCUAGCAAAAUUUAUCUAUUUGGCUCUAGACAAAGCAGAUUAGCCUUUUGUGAGACUGAAAGUCACAUCGAUAGUUACAAAGGUAGGAUUAUUAUGGUUUUAAUUGUAAUGGUUUUAGCUUUAUUCGUGUACGCACAUAAGUUCGAAAAUCGUGUGACUCUCGAUCUAGGAAAUAUUUUGACAUCUAUGGCGCCGUGUGUACAUAUCUUAUAUAACUGUGCACUGCUUAGGUCUACUUAACGGAAAACGUAACUACGAACAAGUAGAAAUUUUCUUGCAGACAUUUUGCAUAUUUAUUGUACAUAUUUUGUACAUUUUAAAGCUUAUAAAUUUAGUUAUAAAGGUACAGCGAUGUUUUUUAAAAGUUUCCUGAAUACUCAUGUAUGUGCAAGUUGUAUCAGCUAAAUAUUUACCCUAACUGACAGCUCGACGUGCUAACUUUCAAAGUUUUCGUCGUAUCGCUUUUGUUGUAUCGAAUAAUGCUCUAAUUUAUUUUUGCACGUGCUUCAAUCACGUCAAAGCAUUUGCAAUUCUGCGCAAUUAAUACGACAUGAACUUUGCGGGAAAAAGACAGUAUCUUGUGAUGUAAAGUUUUCAAGUAUGAUAAGAGUGCUAACGCCUAGACUAUCUGAUCUUGGACAUUCUUACUGCUUCGACCUUUAAACACAAAUGCUUAAACUUGCAACAUAAAAAAUACAUAUAAUAAUAUAUAUAUAUUCUAUAUUAAAAAUUUUAAUAUUCGCAUUUGAAGACCAAAGCAGCAAGAAGGUUCAGAAAUCGUGUACGUGCUCGGGAAUUGAUACUUUCACCUAAUGGCAUCCCCUUAAUAUGCGCUCACGAGCUUGCGUCACCAUUUUUUAUGCGCGCAUCAGAACAAUUUUCGCACCAGUCCACCCUUUCCACUUCCCACCCUCCAUGUUAUCUCGGCAGCAGGUUAACUGGUCUUUUGAUACGCGUCAUCGUUUUAUUCAUCGCGUUUUGACACGCACUUUCUGCGUGCGUGUGUAUGUGUAUUAUGUGUGUGCGUGUGUGUGCGCGCGCGCGCGCGCUGUUACAUCGUAACAGCGUCGCCGAUUGUUCGCGCGACACGGUGUGAGCUCCAGUGUGUCAGAAGAGCGGAUAAUUUCCCGAUCGUCGCUCUCAUUGUGUUCGUUAGCUUCCGGAGAAAGAGGGACAAAGAGCGGGAGAAUGCGCGGCAAUUAAAUGUAUCAAAAGAUAAAAGCGCGCGCGCACGCCGGGAGUGUUGCUAUUAUUAAGUCACGUUAAUAGGGAGCUAAUGAAAGAAUGAGAAAGACGAGGGGGGCCGGUCAAGGCUCAGCAAGGUGUAUUUUCUUCGCGCUUUUAUCGUCGCGAUUGCACGGUGCGCGCGACAGCAGUUUUCCACGGCACGUCUUUUUUUCUCUCCUUUUUUCUUUUCACGCAAAUCACGCCGCGCGCGCCAUUUCAUUCCGGAUUUCGGUCACGGAUAUCCCGCUCCGCAGGCGCAGACAUGCAAUUUCGUGACUUUCUUCGCGAAUUAAAUUCUUACAUUGAAAAUUUUCCCCAUCAAGAUACACACCGAAUCGAACGAUCUUAAUCAAAAGUUCGCGGACGCUGUGAAUUUUACUCGCUCAAUUUCUCUACUUCUCUCUCCCUUUCCCUCUUCCCCUCCCCCUCUCUUUCUCUCGCGGAAUCGCCUCACGUGUAAUCGACGACUUCAACACUCAUGUUUCUCCGCGUCACGCUCGUCAAAAAUGCACAGAAGAAAGAAAAUUUUUGUUUAAAAAAUAUCUUAAUUUCUGACAUGUAAAUCUUAAAAUGAGAUCACACAGCGUUAAAUGAAAAUAAGUUACCUGCAUUAAUGCAUCUCAUAUGACUGAAUAAAGAAAAGUUUUUUAUUUUUUCUUCAAACAUGAUUCUUUCAUGGAUGUAUAUGUAUGUAUAUGUGUGUAUGUGUGUGGAAUGCAUGAAAUAUUGGAUUGGGAACACAAUAUUUUCGAAUGCCAAAAGAACAUAUCAUUAUCAUGAAAAUAAUCACAUGCACUACCACGAGACUUAUAAUACCCAAAUAAAAUUAUAACAUUGUGUGUUGAAAUCCAAGAUUUCAGAAUUCUUCUGACAAGAUCGUACAGCAUGUCUGACAAUUUAUGACGCACGAGUUGUGUGCAGGUAGAACUCGUCGAGCUGAACAUAAAGUUCCAUUUCGCAAACAAUCAUGUAAAAUUUUGAAUUGCCAACUGAAGGAAUUUAGUGCGAUUAUCGCGCACACGAUCCAUGCACCGAUCAUCUUUGAUUAAUAACUCAGAAGUCCACGCGAUGAUUUGCAAAAUGAUAGAAAACUUCAAUUCGAUCUGAUGUACAAGCACACAAGUCGUCAUCACAGCUCAUUCAUCGUAUCGCGCGUGAUCACUCACCAAUCUUCCUUGAUUAAUAACUCCUAAUAUCACGUGGUUGUUGGCGAGAUAGUAGGGGAAUUUCGUGUAGUGUUCAGUUUCGUGAGUUCUACCAGCGCAGCACGGGUGUGUCAUUAACCGUCAGACACUGUCGUGUCAUUGUUUGAAACAAUAAUCGUUAAUUUGAACAUAUUAAUUUCAAGUGGACAGUAAUUUUCUCUUUUCUGUGUGACGAUUAUAUCUGAUCCUUCGCGUCGAAGGUGGGGGCAAGGGACGGAGGGAACGAUCGGUGGGCGCAAUUGACCGUGGGGCGAAGUUAAAUGCGCUUUUAUCUCGGCGCACGGGCGCGAGAUAACGGAGCUGGAGGGACUCUCGUCGCGCGCAAAUCGCCGACUGAUGCGCCUCGGACGAGACACGUGCCACUUGUCGUGACAUGUAGAUUUAACGAGAUCCUCGUUGCCGGUGUGCGGUGUCUGCGCCCAUGUGUGUGCGUGUGUGUUUGCGCGCGCGCGCGCGCGUGUGUGUGUAUUGUGCGCGUAUGGUGUUCUCUCGAUCGCGCAAACUUUCCGCGCGAAAAACCGAGCGAAACUCGCUCGCACGCGACGUAUUAUUAACGCGAAAUCUCGCGCACGGUAGUACAGUUAUAACGUGACAACUGAUAAUAACUCGCGUUCGUACAGUCAACACACACACACACACAUACAUACAUACACCUUACUUUCUGCCAGGUGUGAAGCACGCAGUUCGGCGGCGGUCGGGCUCGUUGCGCGGCGCACUCGAGCGAUCGUCGUGCACGAAGCGAAAAUCUCCUGGCGGAUUGCAAACUCGAUCGAACGGCUCGCGCGAGUACCUGUUGCCAAUAAUCGCGUCAGCGGAACUUCUCAUUUAAUAAUGAACUCUCGCGAUGAAUUCUACGCGAAACUACGAAUACACUCGAAGCCGGCGGUGGUCUUCUUAUUUUUCACGCGGGCGGCAAAAUCGAAGGAAAAUCGGCCUCCUUAUUUAAUGGUCUCCUUAUUUCUCACGUGAAACAGAAGGAAAAGUGGUUCGGUCCACUUGUCUCUCACGCGAACGGCAAAACCAAAGGAAAAUCGAUAUUUUUAUUUUUCGCGUGAAACAGAAAGAUGAUCGAUUUGGUCUUCUUAUUUUUCACGCCAACGGCAAAACCGACGGAAAAUCGGCCUGGUCUCCUUAUUUUUUACGUGAGACAAAAGGAAAAUCGGUCUGGUCUUCGUAUUUUUUACCGAGAUAACAAAACCAAAAGAAAAUUGGCCUGAUUUCCUUAUUUUCCCCAUGAAACAGAAGGAAGAUUCACUUAGUUCUCUUAUUUCUCACGCAAACGGCGCAACCAAAGAUACAAAUCGAUCUGGUCUCCUAUUUUUCACGUAAAACGGAAGGAAAAUCGGUUUGUCUCUGUAUUUUUCACGUGAAACAGGAGGAAAAUCGGUCUGGUGUCUUUAUUUUUCACAUGAAACAGAAGGAAAAUACGUUUAGUAUUCUUAUAUUUCACACAAAACGACAUAACCGAAAGGCAAAUCGGUCUCCUUAUUUUUUCACGAAAUCUUCGUGUCGCGCGAGCAUGCUCCGCGGAUCUUCAUGGAAUAUGACUGAGACUCCUUAAUUGUUUCUCUGCUUUGGUGCUUAUAGCUGACUUCCACACGCUCGUGUUUGAACAAACGAACGAACGAAAAAAGCAUCGACUGCAGAAUAUUUCGAUAACCACGAGCGUUACCAUACUCCCGGCCCCGGGUAUCCUGAAUAUCCGAAAGUCAGACUACGGCGGAAUAGCCGCAGCUCUUGGCACGAUAUCACGAAAUCGUCGAGUCCCAAAAACGUGCGUUUCCUCCUAGGAUGAUCCGAUAUCUAGCGACGAGCCGACGAGACCGGUCCGAGCGAGCGUUGGUCCCCUUUAAACGCGAGGUCGCCCCGUAUCUGCGAGCUACGAGGGCAACUUUCGACUCGUUCCCGCAGCGGGCCACGCACGUGCCGAGAGAAAUAAGAAUCCCCUUUCGCACUGCACUAGAGUCGCACUGUUGAGCGUGUGUGGGAUCGUCGUGGUGCGCGACCCGGCAAGUCGCGCGCAAAGGCCGCCAAUUAAUUAAGAUAGCUCCUAGACACACGCUAGAUCGAUAGGGACCGACCGCGAUAAAGACUGGCGAGGGUCUCAGACUUCAGGGAUGUUGCAGUGCUGUGGUGUUGGAGGUGGCGUUUCCACGGCACCUCCGCAGCUGCAGGGCACCGGAUCCGCUCUCGGGACUACCACCUCCACGAGAACCACCAUCAUGCAGGACGCAGUUCUCGAAUCCAUCCUGGAGCAAAUGCGGGAGACGGAAGCCCGGCGGGCGGAUCUGGAAAGGCAGCAUGCGGAAGCACAGAACCAGCUGCGGGAGAAGAUAGCAGGACGCUAUCAGGGCCCGGAGUCGGUCGAGGCGUUGCAGUCGAAGAUCCGGGAGCUCGAGAAGAAGACCGAGCUGCAGAUGGUGAAGCACGAGGAGCUGUCCCUGGAGCUGACCAGCCUGAGACGUGCGCGCAGCAGAGGGCCGGUCGUGGGGCACGUCACGUCCACAAGCGUGCCGGCGUCCACUUGGCCGCCGGCCGGCACCGAGAUCGAUCGGAUUAUCGCCAAAAUUGAACAGGAUAAUAGAAUGUUACACGAACUGGACCACACACGGAGCGCGAUAACCACGCAGCAACCCUCGGCCACGCAAGGUAUCCUUCGGUCCAGCUCGGAGAAUCUUCCCAAUCUCGGCCAACAUCAACACCCACCUCAUCCGCAUGCCCUUAAUCUCGGAAUUUCUAGCCAGAUGGGCCACUACGCAGGCUCACCGAUGCCGUUGACGCCGAUGAUGCCCGGGUGCCCCCCGUUGACGCCGAACGGGCCGCCGUAUCAUUACAGCGAGCCGAUACCGCCGGCGCCGUCACUCUCCAGCAGCCAGUCGCAACCCGCUUUCCAGCAGAAGAUCCAACAGUACCAGCAACAGUCGCAGCACGAACUGUCGAGCUCCCACUCCCAGAACACCCUACCGUCUCAGAAGCAACAAACGCACACUCACUUCACAAGCAAUCAGUAUCAGGAGAGUUAUCCGCAUACGCAAACGUAUCAGCAGCCGUUGCAGCAACAGAAGCAGCAGCAACAGCCGCAGCAGCAGCAGCAACAACAGCAUCCGGCCUCGACUACGUACCUGACAUCGGCCAGCCAGAGCGUGUUACCCCAUUACACACAGCCUGCCCAGACCGCCCAGAAUUAUCAGUUGAACGGCAGUCAACAGGCAAUGACAUAUCCGAGUUUAUCUAUGGCGCCGCAUCCAAACGGGACUUACAGCACGGGGGCGACCAGCUACAACACCCAAUUGCCGCAUCACAAUUACACCGUGCCGCAGACGAAUAUCACGCAAACCACGCUGUCCUCGCUGCCGCUGUACUCCACGUCCUAUCAUUCUACCCUCGGCCUCACGAGCGUACCCCAGUCUGUUCUUCCUUUUUCCAGUGGUCAAAGCACCUUCGCCACGAGCGGAUCGACUUACUCUACCGUCGGGACCAACGCUUUCGGGACGUCGGGCGUAAGCACAGGUACUUCUUCUGGAGGCUUGUUACAAGCAAUAGGCGAUCCUCUGCAUGCGAUGCAGCAACUCUCCGCCCAGUCACAGGCUAAUCAGCUACAGCAACAAGCGAUCAUUCAUCAGAUCCAGCAGAGCUUGCGCGCCAGCUCGCCGACUGCGCCCAGCACCGCGACGGGUCACCACUUUCUGGGCCCUAGGCAAAUGCCGAAGAUCCCCACGGGUAUACUGACGAACCCCGUGGAUCGACUGCCCAACGACAACAUUGUACCUGAGGGUCAAGUGGACAUGCUGGACGUGCCGGGCAAGGGCAGAUGUUACGUUUACAUAGCUCGCUUCAGCUACGAACCGUGCCAUCACUCGCCGAACGCGAAUCCAGAGGCGGAGCUGCCGGUCCAAGGCGGCGAUUACCUCCUGGUCUGGGGUCAACCCGACGACGAUGGUUUCUUGGACGCAGAGACGCUCGACGGUAGACGCGGUCUGGUGCCGGCUAACUUCGUCCAGAAGCUGGUCGGCGACGAUCUGCUGGACUUCCAUCAAGCCGUCCUCAGCCUCAGAGACGUGGACGAUUCCGCUUCAACGAAUAUUCCUCAAUGCUAUCUGCAGGAUAUUGAUUUAGAACUGGCUGCGUUGGAGGAAGGUAAUCGGAACCGUCAGGCGGAACUGUCCGCGUACGCGGAACUCGACAAUAUCGCGGAGGAAGACGAACAAGAGCCGCCAGAAGUCUACCUGUUUUCGGACCUAGUUCCGGCGCCGCAGCACCUCACUCUCGAGCGGCAACUCAACAAGAGCGUGCUGAUCGGAUGGACCGCGCCCGAGAACCCGCACCAGCUCGAGUCCUAUCACGUCUACGUGGACGGCGUUCUGAAGGUUACAGUGAAGGCCACCGAGAGGACCAGGGCGUUGGUGGAAGGAGUCGAUUCCACUCGGCCGCACAGGAUAAGCGUGCGUUCGGUCACGCACUCGAGGAGGACGUCCCGCGACGCCGCUUGCACGAUGGUGAUCGGUAAGGACGUCGCGCUGGGCCCAACCGCCGUCAAGGCGUCGAACGUGACCGCGACCAGCGCCGUGAUAUCUUGGCUACCCAGCAACAGCAAUCACCAGCACGUGGUGUGCGUGAAUAACGUGGAAGUGAGGACCGUGAAGCCGGGCGUCUACAGACACACCAUCACCGGCUUAGCCCCGUCGACGAUAUACAGGGUGACCGUCAAGGCGAAGAACCUGAGGGCGACGCACUUCGAGGACCAAAACGCCCAGGCGGCGAACAAUCUGGCCUGCCACGUCCACUUUAAAACGUUGCCCAAGGGACUGCCGGACCCUCCGGUCGAUAUCCAGGUGGAGGCUGGACCGCAGGACGGCACUUUGCUAGUGACCUGGCAGCCUGUUGCCCUAAACGGUUCGGCCGUCACCGGUUACGCGGUGUACGCCGAUGGUAAGAAGGUCACCGACGUCGACAGCCCUACCGGCGACCACGCUCUAGUCGACAUACACAAGCUGAUGGGCCUGAAUCCAAAACACAUCACCGUGAGGACUAAGAGCAGAGAGAGCCAGUCCGGCGACAGUUGCGCCACAGCGAUACCCUGCAGCGUGCUGCGCGGCGGUACUGCCACUCAUCUGCCACCCCAUGGGCCUCCACACAUGAUGGAUCAACGGCAACAGCAGCAGCCUACCGGCAUAGGCCCGCAGGACGACCCCAAUCGCCAUCGUAUGGCGACCGGUGUCGUCCAACGGUACCCGAACGCGCCCGGUUCCUCGCACAUGCGACGACACGUGACCAACAGGGUGGACGCCCACGGUCAGGUUAUCAUCGAGACGGACGAGAAUCUGUCUGACAAAGAGAUCUACCCCGGACAGAGCAUCUCUCAGAUGGGUAUUCCGGAAAUCACGAAGGACUCUGCCAGCGAGGCGAACUACAGCGAGGAAGACGAUCCCGCGCGAAGGGCACGGGGAAUGCCACCGCAACACCAUGGGCCUCAUCAUCGAUACGGCCCCCAGAUGGAUCCACAAGGGCCGCCCGGAACACAUAGGUCUCCCAGCAUGGGCGGACCCAGCGGUAGACCUCAAGAUCCUUAUUACGACCAAGCGGGUGCUCAAAGGGGAAGAGGGCCUUAUCGCGGUGGUCGGGUGACGCAGCCUCAAGGCGGAGCAGGCCACUCGUCGAGUACGGCUCAACAGAUGAACAAAAGGCAGCGGUGGUUCGUGGCACUGUUCGAUUACGAUCCCACGAACAUGUCACCGAAUCCUGACGGAUGCGAGGAGGAACUACCGUUUUCUGAAGGCGACACUAUCAAGGUAUACGGGGAAAAGGAUGGUGACGGCUUCUACUGGGGCGAGUGUCGCGGUAGACGCGGAUACGUUCCUUAUAACAUGGUGGAGGAAAUCAAAGAUCAGAAUCAGCCGGGUCAAGGUCAGCCCGGCAGGAGAGGACCACAAAGCGACAGAUGGGGAGACAUUUACGCGAGCGUCCCCAUGAAGAAGAUGAUAGCUCUCUACGAUUACGAUCCUCAUGAAUUAUCUCCUAACGUUGAUUCUCAAGUCGAGUUAACGUUCCAAACCGGAAACGAGAUCUACGUCUACGGCGACAUGGACGACGAUGGCUUCUACAUGGGCGAGCUGAACGGCGUGCGGGGUUUGGUGCCGAGUAACUUCCUCACCGAGGCACCGGGACAGAACCAGGGCCAACCGCCGCAGAGUAGGAGACCUGGUCAGGGUCAAGGACCGGGUGCGAGAGGGCCACCACCUCCUCCGCGGGAACCACCCCCAGCUGGUCACCGACGCGGAAAAGAUGCCUGCAUUGUGCCUGUGUCUGUCCCUGUCUGUCACUUAGACUCUAGACAACUACAACAACAACCACCACCAUCACUAAUGAACAACCAACAACAACUACAACAUCAACAAAACAAUCCACCGCAUCUAGCGUACCAACAAGCGAAUCACCACAGCUACACGACCGUAACCACGUCCAAUCAGCAUGGGCCCAGUCACUUGCCACCCGGCGGCGGUGUCAUGGGUCCCCAUCAGCAAGGUCCCGUACCGCCCCACCUUCAGCAACAGGGGAAGGGGAGGGGCGGCGUGGUCAAUCGGCUCGCUGGUAGUAACAUGCCGGGUAUGCAGGGCCCAGGUCAGCACCUCCAGCAACAGCAGGACUACCCGGGCCAGCAGCAGCCGGGCCAGCCGUACCAGCAGCAGCAGCAGCAGCAGCAGCAGCCGAACCAGCCGUACCAGCAGCAGCCGCCGGGCCAGGGUUACCAGCAACAGCUGGGAUUCGGCGCGCAGGGCCCGCAGUUUCAGCAGCCGCAGCAGCAGCAGCAACAGCAACAGCCCGGCCAGCCGUUCAUGCAGCAAGGCCCGCAGGGCCCGAUGCAGCCUGGCGGGCCUCAGAGCACCAGCAAGCCGAUGAGGGGCAUACCGGCGGUGAUACCCACCGCGCAGUCUAAGGCGCAGCCUAACCCGACGCAGGGCCAACAGCAGCAGCAGCAACAGCCGCAGCAACAGAGCACCGGGCCGAACCUCAUGCAGAAGUUCACGGAGAUGGCCGGCGCCAGCGCCGGCGGUGACAUACUGUCCAAGGGCAAGGAGCUGAUCUUCAUGAAGUUUGGAUUGGGCAAGUGAGGAGGAGCCAUCGUUCCUGUGACGACGAUGACGACGAUAAUGAUGAUGAUUAUGAUGAUAAUGAUGAUGAUUAUGACGACGACGACGAUGAUGAUGAUGAUGAUGAUGAUGAUGACAACUACAAGCACGACGACGACGACAACAACGAUGAAGACAAUGACGACAAUGGUCGCGCGUUGUCAACACCGUGGUUCUUUCUGUUUCUUCCUUAACGCGCCCCACGUUCACGUGGACCUUUGACCGACUUGUCGCGCGAGCCACCGUCGUGCCCCGCACGCGCGAGUCGUGUGGAUCAGUAUUACUACGACGAGGUGUUGCUAACGUUCACACAUGCGGAUGGAUCGUAUCAAUCAGCACGUAUCUCGUCGGGUGUCGCGGAAGGGCGGACGAGCGAGUGUGCACCGCCAUCGCUGCUGCUGCUGUUGUUACUGCUGCCGCUAUAGUAACCGUUACUGCUGCUGCAAAAAGAAAAAAAAGAAUAGCAAAAGAAAACCAUUACUGGACGAAUAGUGGGACGAGCCUUGCGACCGAGGAAGGAGGAAACGAGCCGAUCGAGAGACAGAAAGAGAGAGAGAGAGAGAGAGAGAGAGAGAGAGAGAGAGGCGAAGGGUCAUGCCGAGGGUAUCACGAGCUGAUACUGACGACUCCGUCGUCCUCGGGAGUGGCCGAUCGAGAAGAAACAAGCGACGUGUACGAGAUCCAUCGAACUUCUUCUUAAUCCUCCUUUUCCGAAAUCUUCUUCUCGUUCUUCUUCUUCUGCUACUUCUUCUACUUCGUCUUCUACUUCGCGACGGUAGAAUCCUCGAGCGCUGCGGCAUCAGUCCAUUGAAAAAAAAAGAAGAUAAAAGAAAGAGAAAAGAAAAGAGAUACUGCGAGAGAAGGAUACUUGGUGCGCUUGGCCCACCGAACUGCGUCUCUCAGAGGGCAAUGUUCUGACAUAGUUCAGAGGGUAGUUCAACGUCGGAGUGGAGGACAUUGACUACGAGCUACUACACACACAUACACACACACACACACACAUACACAUAUACCUCGGGCACACACGAUCGAGCGAGCAGACGUCGCGGUGGUGUCGUGGGCGGCCGGUGUGCAUCACGCAAAUCGCGUAUCCGCGACUGUUUCUUCCAGUUUCUCUUCGUCCUCUUCGGAUCUCGCGUUAUUCGGAGCCACGUUCGACUUUAGAGUAAAAACCUUCAUCGCAACGCGAAUUAUAUCAAACCCUGAUAGUUGGGAAAGAAAGAGGGAGAGAAAGAAAGGGAGAAAGAGAGAGAGAAGAAAGUCUCGCGUUUCGCGUUAAAACGUAAAAUAAAGAAGCUUUAGAGGAUCGUCCGUCGUUCGACGCAAUCGAGCGGCAGAAUAGAGAGAGAGAGAGAGAGAGAGAGAGAGAAAGAAAGAAAAAAAAUGAAAGAAAGAGAGAGGGAGGAAGAGAAAAGCCGAAGCCAGACUUUUCUUCAUGUGGGAAGAGGUACAUAAGGGUCAAGGACCUAGGAGGGAUAAUCAUAUCGCCGUAGGAGUGUGGACACAACACAUGGGUGUGCCUUGGAGAACCGUCACCCAGCAACCAAAUGAUGAUCAUAUCUCUAAUCGAUAACUCUAGCUGUUUUCUGUUUUCAUUUUUCCUCCGUGGAAGUCGAGAGCGCGCGCGUAUGAGUACGACGCGAGCUAUAUCCAGCCGUGGCGCAUGCACACGAAUAAACGAUGACGAUCUCUCGUCUUGACAAUUUUCUCUUGUUUCCAUAUGACUGGAAGUCCCCUCCCACCCUCUUCGUGUACGCCGACACCCCGUCUCCUCCGUUUCUCUUCCACUGCAUCCCCGUCUGCGGAUGGGGAUCGCGAGCGCGCCUCGGGAAUCGCGUCGCGAACCGAACCGAUCCGCGUGAGGGAGAUAAUAGAUAGAGAGAGAAAGAAAAAGAAAGAGAGAGAGAGAGAGAGAGAGGGGAGGAUCGUCUCGAUCCUCUCGUUCUCGGCCACUCACCACGGCCGAAUCAUCACCACGGGUAAAUCUCGGAAUCUCGGGAUUACUUGAUGUCCGGAAGGAGAGAACGAAGGUUGUUUUUAUCGUUGGGCCGUUCCGAAACGGCGAGACAAAUCGAUGACGAGACUAGAAAUAAAAGGAGAUACGGAAUAACGGAACGAACAACGGACACCAAUAAAAAAUUAAAAAAAGAUGUAAGAGAGAGAGAGAGAGAGAGAGGGAAAGAGAGAGAGAAAGAGAGAAAGAGAAGGAGCGACGCAGAAUACUUCCCGAUCGAUCGUUCGAUUGGGUCGCGCGAAUCGGCCGUCGAGCGCGAUUAUCACAUAUAUCAUAAUUGUGCGGCGAUGGAACGGGAGAUCAUAGCGUACGCGUAUUAACACGAUAACGGGAUAUACAUAUAUACAUAUGCAUAUACAGAUAUACAUAUAUAUAUAUACAUAUACAUAUUAUAUUUAACUAUUGCAAAAAAGAGUGUUGUUACAUCGCUACUUGUAUCGUAUUUUGUACAAAGUAUCUUUACCUUCGAUUGUUUUCUUUCGCUAAAGUAACUUUAGCGAAAAAGACGCCGGAGGCAGAGGCGACGAAUUCUUUCCGGAUCACAGUCGAUACUCCGCUCAUCGUCACUCGGAAACAAUCACAUCACCAACGCGAUCUUGUACUUAAUUGUUAUUACUCGCGCCUGUCCUUGUGUGUGUUACUCGCUCCUCGUGUGUUUUUUGGCGACAGUGAGUUUAAUGGCGAAGCAAGCUCGACAGGUUGAGGGAAAGAGAAUGUGUGAGAGAGAGAGAAAAAGAGAGGGGGAAUGAGAAAGAAUGAUGAGAGAGAGAGAGAGAGAAAGAGGAGAGACGAAGGAGAGCACCGCGUAGGGAGAUAAUGAUUUCGAUGAACGAUUCUCCGGAGACACGGAGAGUUGCGCUUUAACCCUUUCGUCCUCACUGCAGGGCAGCUUUAACAAUUUCGCCUGGGAGGGACUGUGAGAGAAAUAAAUGUGUAAAAGGAACAAAUACAUAGUAUGUCUCGCGAGAGACGACGUUACGAUGUUGCGCGCUUCGUUAGAGUUUAGAAUCUGUUAACUAUUGACAGGUGGGGGUGGAAAGAUUAACCGCGAUGUGAAACCGACUAGGGUAUCGCGAAAGAAGGAUGACGCAGAUAAUGGGAACCUACUUACGUAUACGUCAUCAUGGACCAAUACGAAAUCUCUCGCGCCAAAGUCGAGCUUUAUUGUCUAAAUGAGUUAAGGAGAAAAAAAGAGGGAAGAGAGGAGAGAGAGAGGAAGAGAGUUAGAUAGAGUUCGUGUCUAUCGUGCAAUCAGUUUGUCCAAAUAGCACAAAGCAUCCCAGAAUCAUCCUGAACCAGUGUCCAAAGCGCUUAGGAAGCAUUCUAGAAUAUUUUGAGCACAUCCAGGGUGACCUCAGGACAUCUUGUGCUGUUUGAAUACGCACAUUCAGGUCGCGGUAGCUACUUCACGACUUCACCGCUGUUUGUCCUCAUCUGUCCGAGUUCUUUACGUGUAAAUAGUAAGACUGGAGGAAAAGGGUUGCCGAGAGGCAGUUACUUCGAAUAAUCUCACAAUCUUUGCGUAUAAGUGUUACAUGACGAUCGUGGAAUCUCCCUAACGCGAUGCUUCUCUCGUCGGGUGAACUCCUGCAAUCAGUCCGACCAAGGAGUUGCGUUUACUCCGAAUGAGUCUGUUCGAAUCAAAAAGUAUCCAUGACGGAGAAUAGCAGCGGCACUCGAGUGCUGAGGCGUUGCUUGCUUGCUUUCUUUCUUUCGCCAUAACUGCCGUACGACAAGGCCGGGGAUGAGAGGUGCACUCGCACAAUUUCAAGCAUGUGUGUCCCCGGCGUACGCUAAAAAAAAAAUACUUGAAGAUUUGUGGGAUAUCAAAUUUAUUCGCAAAAAUAAAGUUUGCUUUACAGAAAUAAAUUUUAUUUUACGGAAAUAAACUUUAUACCUCACAAAUAAAUUUUUAAAUAUUUAUUCUCAGUGAAGGUUUAAAUUGAUAACAAAAAACUUGAAAAUUUACGUAUGAUAAAAGUUUAUUUCAUAGAAAUAAACUUUAUUUUGCAGAAAUAAAUUUUACCUCACAGAAAUAAAUUUUAUAUCCCAAAAAUAAAUCUUCAAGUAUUUCUCCUCGAUACAAGUGUAGGUCAAAUUGACACCACAAUAAAAAGGAAAAACUUCAAAAUUUAUUUGUGCGUGUGAAAUGAAAGCUUAUUCCACAAAAAUAAACUUUAUUUCGCAGAAAUAAACUUCAUUUCACAGAAAUAAACUAUACAACCCACAAAUCAAUUUUCAAGUAUUUCUUCUUAGUGCAGAUAUAGAUAAAAUUGACGGUAUACUGAGAAAGAAAGACUUGAAAAUGUAUUUAUAUAAGAUAAAAGUUUAUUUCAUAGAGAUAAUCUUUAUUUCGCAAAGAUAAACUCCAUUUCACAGAAAACUUUAUUUCGCAGAUAAAGAAACUUUGUUUCACAAUAAUAAACUUUAUAUCCCACAAAUAAAUUUUCAAGUAUUUCUUUCUCAGUGCAAGUUUAGUGAUCGGACAAACUUUGCCUUGCUUUUUAUUUUCCUUUUUUUUUUAUUGAAAACAUUUUGUUUUUCGUAACGGACACGCUUAGGGUCGAUCACUCCGUUGCGAUAACGCGACUGUCGCCGCGAACAGUUACAUAGAACGUUGACGUCGUCGAGGAUUCACCGAGCACUUCUCAUUCACCUCUCACGAGAGUUGCUUUCGUCGCGUUGACACACGCGCUGACACACAGUUAUAUUUUUCAAUUAGAAUUAUUGUACAUACACCGCGUUUGUGCGCGAGAAGAAAAGAGAUAUCGAGACUCUCAUUUGCGUGACUGCACGACUGGAUGAACCGGAUAUUAAUCGAGCUAAGAGAACAAUCUUAGAGCAAUCGUUUUUCCUAAGGAGCAUGCACCUUACGCACGCGAAAGCCGUACCUCGUGACCGACCUUUCGUUCGUUGCCUUGACAAUUCUUUUUCCCUUUGUGUUUUUUAUUCUUCAAUAUGCACACUAUACAAUAUAUAAAUCUAUUACAACACACCAAACUCAUAUCUGACUUGUGACCUUGAUUCAGGCAAUGUGAAAAAAGACUGAUACUGAAGUUUUCAAUGCCGUGGGUAUUAUAACGAAUACCAAAACUAGAGCGAGCGUGUGUCUCUCUCGUAUGUCGCGAUCGUUAUGUGUUUUCUCGAAUGUUUCCUGCGUUGCUCGAUCUAUAGCCGUAUAUAGCUAUAUAUACAUAUAUAUAUGCACAUAUAUACAUAUAUACAUACAAUAUAUAUACAUACAUAUAUAUAUAUACAUAUAUAUACAUAUAUAUAUACAUAUAUACAUACAUAUAUACAUACAUAUAUACAUAUACAUAUAUAUAUAUACAUAUAUAUAUAUAUAUAUAUAUAUAUACAUACGAUAGUUCUUUCGCAAGCGAGAAAGUAUAAAUAUUUGUUACGGACUUAAUUGAUUAUAGUGAGGGUUAAACGAGAAAAUUAUAUGGAAGCACCGAGAGACCCAAUGUCGAGCGAGUUUGCGAGGUUGAGGAAAAUUGCGAGGAAGAAAUCGAAAAAGAGAGAAAAUCGGAAGGAGAGCGGGAGAGAGAGAGAGAGAGAGGGAGUGUGAGAGAAAGAGAGAAAUUUACUGUCGAUGCGGCGCGCAUAGUGCUAAUAUCACGGUACAAAGUCGAAGAGGAGUAAGCAUUUUUACUUAUCAUCGUUAGACGUUUAGAAACCGAUCUAAAAGAGACACUAAGAGACGCACUCAUAGACUUUUACGAACGGAUUCAAGUGUAUCUCGCGUUGACGUUCGAAUGACGGGUCAUCCGCGAUCCUCGUCCUCUCGCGCGCGCCAAGACCAAGUGCUAAGCGAUUCGAUAGCGGUCGAUCGGCGACAAGAACAAUAAAUAGCGACGCGACGCGACGCGACGCUUACGGUCCAGCGCGUAACAGGAUUGCGAUGGUUACGUCCUUUUAAAGCUUCUGAUCCAUCAUCGCGCCGCGACGUCACGGUCGCCGGACUCGCAGAGCCGGAAGAAAGAGAGACCACCACUUCGGCCACCAGAUUUCCCCUCGGGGACGAUCAGUUUUUCUCGUGCAUCAUCGCACGAUUCAAGCUUGCCACCCUGCUCCCUCCUGCUGUCGCAACAAACUCGACUCGCGUCCUCACCCACAUUCCCCCCUAAGCUUUUAAUUUUCCCUCGAUCCACAUGGUCCAAUGGUACAAAUAACACACAGAGAUGCAGUUGUGUCAAUAGAAACUGUCAACAUCAACGUAAUUGGAGUAAGUCUUUUUGAUUGACAGCAAUAUCGUUGAAACCAAUACAUCAUAUGUUGUUACGAUGACUGCUCCAACAGCGCAAAUCUGCCAAGGACAUCCUAAUGACGUCCAGAGAACGUCCUAUAUCCUAAGAACGUCCAUGAGGUAUUCAUCAUAAAAUAUCGUGUGCCAUCUGGGUCAAGUAUUAGUUUUAACGGCAUUGCUGUCGAAUCGAGAAGAUUUGCUUUAAUUACGGCGUUGUUGACAAUUUCUAUUGACAGAAUAGCAUUUUUUUCCGUGCAGGUAACGAUAUUAAUGUAAAAUUGUACAAUUUUUCGCUGAUGGUUCUCUAUGUGUAACUCUACACUGCGAAAGUACGGUGAUAACUAUUGCUGUGCAGAAACGCAAAAUUAUACAAUUUGACAUUGACACCGCUCUGUCAUCUAUAAUUUUAUUGUAUAUAUAUAAUAAUAAUAUUAUAAAUAAUAUUAUUAUGUAUAUAAUAUUGUUACCCAAACAGCAGAAAUGUCUCAGAUACGCCUUAAAGGCAUCCCGAAGCUCUCCAAAACGAGUAGGAUAUCUUUUAGACGUCUCUAAGAUGCCUUUUAGACAUUUAUAUUCUGUAUGGGUGUAUAUAAUAAAAUUAUAUAUAAUAAUUAUAUAUAUAUAAAAUAUCAUACACAGGAGUCAAUAGCCAUUGCCAUCUUGAAUAUCUUCGAAGCAAGAAAGAAAGGUAAUCUUCAGAUUUUUCGAAGCUAUCCUACUAACAAGGAAAGGUCCCGAAGCUUUUCAGCGAUUUUGAAUUUAGACCAAUGUAGAAUUAUUCUAAGGAUUCUAAAUAAUAUAAAUUUCCACUUACGCCGCCUGUCUCUGCGUUUACAAAAAUAGCAGCGUGCAGAAUUUUAUAAUUUUCAUCAAAUAGAAUUUUAAAAAACCAUAGUAAUUGAUCACGCUACAGAAAAAUGUAAAAUUUAUUCGGCUUUAAAAUUGAUUCAUGAACAAGCUGAUAGCAUUUCUAUUCCAUAUUUCUCAAAUUAGAAUAGAAGUUGAAAGUAAGAUUAACAUUUCUAUUUUGCAUUAUAGUAUUUAUAUGGAGAUUAAUAUCUGCCGAUAUUUUCAAUUAUAGUUAGCAAAAAGAUUAUUAUGAUUUUUAAAAAUUUUAUUAAAUUGUUGAAAAUUAUAAAAUUCUGCAUGCUGUCAUUUUUUUAAACGUAAAGAUAGCAGGUGUAACUGGAGGGAAAUUUGUGCUAUUCAGAUUCCCUAGAAUAAUCCUAUACUAGUCUAAACCCAGAAGCAAUGAGACUCCUCAGAACCUUUCCUCGUUAGAAGAAAAGCUUUUUACGAUGGUUACGCUUUUUUUACGCUGGGAGGAGUAGCAUCGAGGAUCGUAAAGUCACCUCUGUUUUUCGCCUCGAAGAUAUUCAACGUUGCAACAGCCAUUGUCUCGUCCUGUACACAAUAAUAAUAUAGCAAUAGCUGAUAUAUAAGGGAAUAGCAAUGUAAAAUAAAAUUCGAAUCGUUAAUCCUGCCCCUCAUAUGUUUGUUAUAAUUUUUUUACGAGCUGCAGCUCCCCCCCCCCUGUUCUCUGAAUUUGACAUUUGGUGUGUCUUCUUGAGGAGAAGUCACGUGCGAUCUCUCUCUUCCAGCACCACGGUCCGAGCGGUGGGCGCAAUGUGACGGAUCACGAGCCUUAAUUCAGCGAUCGACAGGACUACGACAGUCGGAUAUUCGUUAGACACUCGGGGUCGUUCACCUCGAGAGGCUCAUACUUCUGUAUAUCUCACUGUACAUUCUCAUCGUUACCGCAUCGUAGUCUCUGAAUGGACGAUCCGUGUAGCUAUUUUGAUAAUCGCGGCAGCUGUAUCGCCGUAAAGCAAUGGGAACGAAAUCGAUUGGCGAGCGAACGAGCUGACGUGCUGACGAGCGAGCGAGCGAGCGAGCGAACGAGCUCAGCGAGUCCUCGAGCUCUCGAAUGCUGAAAGGAACGCAGGUGCGCCCGUGUAUCCUCCUUUCUGAGAGAACGUUUCUUUCGGUCUUCGUAGAUUACCGUAGGCGUAAGGCACUGGUUGAUUUCACCCUUAGAUAUCGAAUAGAGUAAACAACCACAACCACCCCCGCAACAGCGGGGCCCCGACGCGCGUCGAUCAUGACCUCGGCCCACGUGCGGAGACGAGUGUCCGUUCACGAGAACGCCACACGUCGAGAGCCGCGCUUCCUCUCUUCGCGGUGGACAACACUGUCGACGACUCUCGUUCUCAGUUUUCCGCAAUUAAAGAUCGAGGACACUUCGACGCUCCUAGAUUCUCUCUCGUCAUUCGCGGCAGCAAACUCGGGAGUGAGUGCUCUGAAGCGAACGGCUUCGUCGCCAGGUCUUGUGAAUAAUGUCGACGGGUGAACGAGACCUGAGGUAAAUCGAGCUGAGGUAGAUCGAGCUUGCAAUUCGUACACGGGGAAAAUAUUGUCGCACGUUAAGACUAUAUUCCUUUUUACAGUAUCUUUUGUAAAGCUGGACUGUACCGAAAUUGUGAUGCAAAUUGCUACAGAAGUAUUAAAUCUGACACGAGAUCCGCCUGGUAUAUGAUAUGUAAAACAUUCAAGUAGUCAUAAUAAUUUUGUAGCGUAAAGUCAAACAUGCGUAACAUUUUUAAACAAAUACAUAGUAAUUUUGAUCACAAUUAUCUGUAUGAUCCAAAAUUACAACAGUUUUGCGUUGUAAUUUUUACUACCAUGUUUUCUUCGUGUAGGAUGCGCUCUGACUUGAGCCGAUUUUUCGCCCAAAAGAAUGGUGCUGAAGUCGGCUGAAGUUCUACUGUUUAACUUCUUCAGAGACGAACUUAUUAAGGUCGGAAGAAACUACUUCGACUUUAAAGUGACAAAUGAUGACACAACAAGAAGAAAAAACAGACAUUUCUUAUUAUAUAUAAAAUUAUAUUUUGGUUAAAGUUAGAAGAAACUGAUCUGAUUUUAAAGCGACAAAUAUUAUCUAUAUGUGUCACUUUAAAAUCAAAUGAGACAAAUAUGACAAAUAUAAACCUGUCACAAUAAGAAAAAGAGGUCUUAUGAUGUGUGAAAUUAUAAAAUAUGAUUUUUAAUCAUAUUUUAUGAUUUCACAUAUUCCACACAAUAUAUUUACAAUCACGCAGGAUACAAUUCGACGUAUCUCAUGGAAUUUUGUGGUAAAUAUUUAUUCGCAGCAAUGUUCAUCUCGUAUCUUUUUGUCGACAAUGAAUCUGAAUUAAAAGUGAAGAAUUGAAUUUAAAAAAGGAGAAUUCACUUUGAAUUAAAGAACUGAAUUGAAAAUUUGACUGGAAACUCAGACUCGAUUCACUUCAAGAACCCACUCUCGACCCUCGGACAUCCGCCUGGGGGAAAACUUCGAGGCUCUCGAGUGCGGCUUUUACUUUUGGACACGCGCUCCAACGUGGCCGGCGACGCUCUGUCCUGAGACCGCGGACUUUUGUUUCGUAGGAAGGCUCCACUGACCGAUGGAGAGCACUAAAAAACGAAGUGACUGACUGACUGACUGAGGGGUGGUACAGGGGGAUUACGAACCUAUCCGGACGGUGUUAGUUAGUCGCCAAUUAUUGUCAUUCUUUCUCUCGUGUCGACAUUAAGGACGUAUGAAGAGCAAGAGGUAGCGCAAAUCGACUAUAUACACGUACGACGUUUUAAUAUAAACGAAAAGAGAAAAAAAAA